AGGGUUUCUCCUUGUUCGUCCUGAAAACAGAAAACCCUAGCAAAUCUUGGUUUCCAUCUUAUCUCAAUCGUUAGAUCUUGGCUUCAAAGCCCCCACAACUAUUUCUUUCUGCUCUGCCAUUGACAUUAUUCUCUUCCAUUUCGAGCUUCUUGCUGUGUUUUGCUUUGGGUGACCAUAGCAUUGUCUUCAGGAUUUCAGUUUAUUCUGAAACACACACAUCUCAAAGUUUUAACGAAGGUGAUGUGAGUUCCUCCAUAUGUUAAAGCGUCUUGGAUGGUUAAUUGGACUCAGCCAACGAAGUAGGCAAACUAAGUCGCUUGAUGCACAGCCUUUCGUAGCCAGGGUUAAGCCUGUGCUCAUGGUCGACACUGUUCAGGAAAUCGCUGUUUAUAUACAUAGGUUCCAUAACCUUGAUCUCUUCCAGCAAGGAUGGUACCAAAUAAAAAUUAGCAUGAGAUGGGAGGAUGGUGAUAACAACUCCCGUGGGAUUCCUUCACGAGUUGUUCAGUAUGAAGCUCUUGAUUCAAGCUCAAACGACUCUUCUGAAGUGUGGAAGAUAGAUGAUAAAGAUAAUAGUUUCUUAACACAGCCCUUUCGUAUAAAAUAUGCAAGGCAGGAUGUUCGUCUAUGCAUGAUGGUUUCUUUUACUAUGCCACUGCAAAGAUAUGAGGGGCCAGCUACAUCUGCUGUUAUAUUGAGAUUUGAGCUUUUAUAUUCUCCAAUUAUGGAGAAUAUAUCAGUGGCAGCUACUUCAGAUGAUAGUCCUGCAGCAGUGCAUGAUUUUCGUAUUCCUCCUAAAGCGCUCUCAGGCGUGCAUUCUUACUGCCCGGUCCACUUUGACACCUUUCACGCGGUUCUUAUCGAUGUAAGCGUCCACGUCACUGUCAUGAAAUCCGCUUCUUACAAACGGCCUGUAAUUUUGUCAAGUGAUGCGAGUAAUGGUAAAAGUUUAGCCAGCGGCAAGUCUCAGUCUUCCAAGAAAGCCUUUGCUCAGAUAGCUCCUGCUGACAAGCUGGUGUCAUUUGUUAAAGCCUUACUUGGAGCUCGUGACACUUUGCUUGAAGAAAUGCAGAUUCUCAGCAAGGCAAUUGACCAAACAAUCGACUUGUCUGAGUUUGUAUCCAGUAUGGACAAGACUCUUUUAUCUGACACAACGGGAAAACCCGUUGAUGUUGAAGGUUCAGGACAAGGCAAGCAACAAAACAAUCUUGAGUUGAAUGCCUCAUUUGAUUUAGAAAGUGAUGACUGGCUUCAUAACUUCUCAAAGGACCAUCUGUCUCGCACAUUCCAUCUACUGGGAACCCAGCUCCAUUAUCUUUGGGAUACCUUUCUGACAUUUCAUCGGGAUAAUAACACAAAAAUAUUGGAAUAUCUUCGAGAUAUCUGGACAAAGGAUCGAAGAGCUGAAUGGUCAAUAUGGAUGGUGUACUCCAAGGUUGAAAUGCCACAUCAUUUUAUAAGUGGAGUGGAUGAUACCUCAAAUCAUAGUUCACACAAAAGAGUCACAAGUGCUUUGAAGCUGAAUGAUCCUUCGCAAGUUGCAGCCACUCGCGCUGAACUUCACCGUCGAAGUAUUGCUCAAAUGCGGAUUAACAAUCGGGCGGUACAAGACAUGCAUAUAUUUGGUGAUCCUAUGCGAGUUCCCAUUGUUAUAAUUGAACGUGUCUGGAAUGCACCAAGGCGUACUUUCAGUGAAAACUCGUACAUGAGACAUGUUGAUAAAAUCGAUUCUAGCUUACUUAAGGGAUAUGAUGAUGACGAGAGUGUGACAAGAAAACAUAAUAAUAACUCACAGCAUAGUGGUCGUGAGCUGAAGAUUGUUGUUUUUGUUCAUGGUUUCCAGGGGCAUCAUUUAGACUUAAGGCUAAUCCGGAACCAGUGGGUCCUGAUUGAUCCAAAGAUUGAGUUUCUCAUGUCUGAGUCAAACGAGGACAAAACACAUGGAGAUUUCAGGGAAAUGGGGCAGAGGCUUGCGCAGGAAGUUAUUUCUUUCUUCAAGAGGAAAAUGGAGAAACAUUCGAGACACGGGCGCUUGAAAAAGGUUAAGCUGAGUUUUGUUGGACAUUCAAUCGGCAAUGUCAUCAUCAGAACUGCGCUAGCAGAUAGUUUGAUGGAUCCGUACAAGAAGUAUCUACAUACAUACAUCUCGCUUUCGGGUCCACACUUGGGUUAUCUAUACAGUUCAAAUUCAUUGUUUAACUCUGGACUAUGGCUUCUGAAGAAGUUGAAGAGUACUCAGGUUAUUCAUCAGCUUACGCUCACUGAUGAUCCUGAUCUUCAGAAUACUUUCUUUUACAAGCUCUGCAAGCAAAAGACUCUGGACGGUUUCAAGAACAUAAUUCUCCUGUCUUCGCCUCAGGAUGGGUAUGUUCCAUAUCACUCAGCCAGGAUCGAAUCGUGCCAGCCAGCUUCUUUCGACAACUCAAAAAGAGGAGUCGCGUUCUUGGAGAUGCUUAAUAACUGUAUGGACCAAAUACGUGGGCCAUCUCCAGAAACACCUCACCACCAGAGAGUGUUCAUGCGUUGCGACGUCAACUUCGACACAACCUUAUAUGGUCGUAACCUCAACUCGUUCAUUGGUCGAGCUGCUCACAUUGAGUUCUUGGAGUCUGAUAUUUUUGCAAGAUUCAUUAUGUGGUCAUUCCAAGAUCUAUUCCGCUGACAAAAUCUUGAUUACUGAGAUUUCUUCUCUUAUUUUAGAUAGAGAAUGAUACAAAAAAUUGUUGUAUAUUAGUAGUUAAACUCUUUUUUGGUUGCAGCAAUGUUACCAUUAACUUUGGGCCUGUAUGGUGUUAACUUUUUAGCUUCUAGAAUCUCUAUGGAUCGCUAAUGUUAAUGAUUGUUGUGACUCUUUAGAUUGGUUUACAGAUAUCAAGUUGAACCACUAACAAAA